UCAUAUUACUUAUUCAUUCAUUCCCCGAAGUAGCGAGUUAGCAAUGGCCACCAGUGUGAUGCAUCUUUUCUUAUUCAUCAGUGUUGUUUCAGUCAUGCUCUCACCGGCGGCUUACGCUACACCAGGGACAGCCACUUUCUACACAAACUACGUUCCGUCUGCAUGUUACGGGAACCACGAUAGCGGAGUAAUGAUUGCGGCAGCGAGCGAUCCGCUGUGGAACAAUGGAGCUAUCUGUGGAAAAACAUUCACAGUGACAUGCACAGGGCCCACAAAUCCCGUUCCUCAUCCUUGCACUGGCAAGAGUGUGACGGUGAAGAUCGUUGAUCACUGCCCCGGGUGCGGCGGAACCCUGGAUCUCUCCAAAGAAGCCUUUCAAACUAUUGCUAACCCGGUUGCUGGGGUUAUUAAGAUUGAUUACCAGUAG